GACCUACCCCCGCCCGUACGAGUACCUGGACAUCGCCGCGCUGCCCGAGAGCUGGGACUGGAGGAACGUGAACGGUGUCAAUUACGCCAGCACCACUCGGAACCAGCACAUCCCCCAGUACUGCGGGUCCUGCUGGGCCCACGGCAGCACCAGCGCUCUAGCGGAUCGAAUCAACAUAAAGAGAAAAGGCGCAUGGCCUUCUGCCUAUCUCUCUGUUCAGAACGUGAUUGAUUGUGCUGACGCAGGAUCCUGCGAAGGUGGAGACCAUUCAGGUGUUUGGAUGUAUGCCCAUGACCAUGGCAUUCCAGAUGAGACCUGCAACAACUACCAAGCUAAGGAUCAAAAGUGCAAGAAGUUUAACCAGUGUGGAACUUGUGUCACUUUUGGAGAAUGCCAUGUGAUAAAGAACUACACUCUCUGGAAAGUUGCUGACUAUGGGUCUGUCAGUGGAAGAGAAAAAAUGAUGGCAGAAAUCUAUACUAAUGGACCAAUUAGCUGUGGCAUAAUGGCUACUGAAAAGUUGGAUGCUUACACUGGAGGACUUUACACAGAGUACAACCCCUCGCCUGAGGUGAAUCACAUUGUAUCUGUGGCUGGCUGGGGUGUGGAAAAUGGAACAGAAUACUGGAUUGUCCGUAACUCAUGGGGUGAACCCUGGGGUGAAAGAGGGUGGCUGAGAAUUGUGACAAGUGCAUAUAAAGGUGGAAGAGGAGCAGACUACAAUCUUGCUAUUGAAAAGGACUGUGCCUAUGGAGAUGUUGUACUUCCUUGAUGGUAUAUUGUACGUCUUUCUGUUGAGGAACUACUUUGUUUGGAAGCUUCCCAGCACAACCUUUUUCUGUUUAAAGAAUACAGUCAAACACUUUCACAGCUAAACAUCACCAGGCAGUACUAAAAUUAGCCCACGUAGCAACACACAAUGUCUUCAAAGUAAGAUAACUAGAGCUGCCUUUAGAUAGUUUACAACUUAAAAAAAGUAAAUUUAC